CAGGGACCCAGUGUCACACAACAGCAGUUCGCAUUACACGCCGGCGCGGCCGGCAGGGCGAGACAUUUGGCGGCCAUGCGCGCGCUCUAUGGAGGCUGAAAGCCUCUAGGUGAUUUGACAACGCCAUGACGCUAGAGAGAGUCGCAAAGCGUACCAGCUGCGACUCGCUUUGCGCAGGUCUACGGCUGAGGAACGUAUGGGACCACGGCCAACUCGACUGGCAGCCCUCAUCGCAUAACGCGCGAUACAGGCGAGGUGGUGAUUGUGACCACCGUGUUACAGAUUCUUGCUGGCAAGCUUCCCAGGGCAGCUAUUCUCUGAAUGUCCUCGCUGCCGCCGUCGCCCACGUUGCUUUGAUCCAGUCUCUCCUUUCUCAGCGUGGUUUGUUCGUUGUCUCACAUUCUCAACGUCCGUUGCCAUACACUAUCGCUCGCUGCCGAGAUCGAUUCCCACAUCUAGCCAAACAACCGAUAAAGUCCUCGUGGACAGUGCCAAUCCAGAUCCGGGCAUUGUCGCAUUCUCACCUCCACUGCGCCUUCCCAGCGAGCACACGCAGACCCUGGGCUUGGCAUGCGCUUGAUACAAACAAACUCCACCACCCCGGUAUUCUUCUACCUGUAAGCGGCCGACUCCUGUGACAGUACUCUCAGCUCGCUGUUCAUAUACCUUUUCCUUCUGUAACCUCGUUGGGAUCUUCCAGUCCGCUCCUUCAGCAUCAACAGUAUAUACCAUUCGCUCCUUCUUCAUUCCAGGCACGUG